CAAACUAUUUGGCGGGAAAGAGCAUGGAAGAUGGGUAUCAAGAAUCUCCUUCCAUUUCUCCAGGGAGCCCAAAGGGAUGUUCAUCUUGCCUCGUUCCGUGGUAAAACUGCAGCAGUUGAUGCCUACUGCUGGCUGCACAGAGGCGCCUACUCCUGCCCGUUUGAGCUGCAGCUCGCAAAGAAAGAAAAAAUCCAAAACCUGCCCCUUCUCAAUUUUUGCAUGAAGAGAGUCAAUCUGUUACGUCAGUAUGACAUCAACCCCAUCCUUGUCUUUGAUGGAGCCAACCUCCCCAUGAAACAUGACACAGAGAAAGAGAGAAAAGAGCGUCGAGAUAGCUACCGGAAGCAAGGAAAGGCGCUACUUAAAGAAGGGAAGGAGGCCGAGGCUAGAGAAUGUUUUCAGAGAUGCGUUGAGAUAUCUCCAGAAAUUGCUUCGGCAUUCAUUAACCUUCUAUAUAAGGAAAAGGUUGAAGUAAUAGUUGCUCCUUAUGAAGCUGAUGCUCAACUGGCCUAUCUUGUUAAAGAAGGACUGGCUGAUUUUGUUAUUACUGAGGAUUCUGAUCUCCUGGCAUUCGGAGUGUCACAGGUUUUCUUCAAGAUGAAUGACACAGGUCAUGGCAAACUAAUGGAGCUUAGAGAUAUUGCUAAAGGCAAUCCUUCAUUAAAAGGUUUUACCCCUGAUUCUUUCCGUCACUUGUGUAUAUUAUGUGGGUGUGACUAUCUUCCAUCAGUUCACGGUAUUGGCCCAGUCACAGCUGCUAAAUUAAUGAAGAAAUGCAACAAAGACCCUUACAAGGUCAUUAGGUAUCUCAAAAGUGGUUCCAAGCAUAAAGUACCUCCUGGCUAUGAGGAACACUUUCGUCAAGCUGAUCAAGCGUUCCUGUACCAGCUGGUGUUUGAUCCUAGAUCACAGUCACAGGUCAGGCUCAACACACCUCCCCCUGAUGUAGAGAAACUUGAAUAUGCUGGAAUUUUUAAUUCCCCUUCCAAGCAGGUUGGUCUUGCACGUGGUAACAUAAACCCACUGACUCUAGAGGAGAUGGACCAGCACUCACCAAAAUGUAAAAAGGGUGCGGCUUUUACCAGCUUGCAGCGGCAUUCCUCCUGGAGUGGAUCUGUGCUAAGUAGGAGUGGCUCAAUAUCUCGGCAGACAACUCUGCUACCAGUUUCACAGGAAGCUAAGAAAGAUUUUAAGAAAUGUCGAACAUUAAAAAGGGCUUCCCCUGAUGAAGAUGAUGCACUUAGUAUGGAUGAUUUAAAGCUUUUGUAUAGUGAAAAAAUGAAUAAUUCACAGUCAGAGGAGGAAGUGAGAGGGACGGUUCAAGUGUCUAGUAGGAAUGUCUUCUCUAAAGUCACUGUCAAAUCAAAGUAUUUUGCUAGUAGUACUUCUAACGUUGACAGUCUGUCUUGUUUAGAUGCAUUAGCUCAAAAUGAGACUCAAAAUAUAGUAAAUGAAAAGGAACCUUCAUCAAGCUCAGUCGACUCUGGGCUUGGGAAUGAACUAGACGAGAAUGAGAAAGAAAACAUUGAAUCUGACAAUCAUGAAAUAGAGAGUGACAGCAGUCAAGACGACGAAAAAGACAUUAAUAUUAGUGAUGACAAUGACGAUAAAGAAGAAAUAAAUGAUAUAAGAACAUUUGCUGUUGAUGAAGUCUCUGAAAUCCUUACCAGUGAUGAAGGAUUGAACUCAAAAUCCCAACACAGUAAACGUAAACUUUUCACAAGUGAGACUAUAGAAACUAAGAGACCUAAACUCUCUGCAAGUACUAGUAUUGAUGUACCAGAUACUCCUACUGAUACUGAGGAUUGCUUUAUUGUAAAAUCAUCUCCUUCAACUCUGAAAUGUAAAGCAAGUCCUUUACCUUUUAGACUAGGUUUGUCAAGAAAGGCAACACCAAAUGCAAAGUCUUCAUUUAAGUCACCACGACUGGCUACUGGCAGCUCAUCCUCAUCCUUACUAUCUUAUUUCAGUUAUAAACAGAAAGAUAAAUUAUGAAUAACGCAUUAUUUAUAAUU